AAAUUCUACUAUGUUGGCCUUGCAGGAUCCUGAGGGUAUCUUUCCUUGUAUUGUCGGCCAUGAAGCUGCUGGGAUUGUCGAGAGUGUUGGUGCUGGAGUAACUGAAGUGCAACCUGGAGACCAUGUCAUACCUUGUUACCAGGCUGAAUGCGGAGAAUGUAAGUUUUGUAAAUCAGGGAAGACAAAUCUCUGUGGCAAAGUGCGGGCAGCUACUGGUGUUUGUGUUAUGAUGAAUGACCACAAGAGCCGUUUCUCAGUAAACGGUACUCCUAUCUAUCAUUUCAUGGGAACAUCGACAUUUAGUCAAUACACAGUUGUACAUGAUGUCAGCGUUACAAAAAUUGAUCCAAGAGCCCCGCUGGCUAAAGAAUGUCUGCUCGGUUGUGGUGUUCCGACAGGUGAGUCAAUCCUUUAGGUAUUCAUUACAAUA